UGUUGCAAACCCCGGAGCAAAUGAGGGCUGUAGUACACGGCAGUACUGGCUUCACAAAGGUUUCACAGAUGAGUGUAGUUGGUCAGCUUAUAACAUAGUCCAGUGGACUGCAGACUGCAAAAUAACGGAAAUCAUGAACUUCAGAUUGGGUGAAGUCAGAGAUGAGUAAGAAGGCCAAAGACAGGGAUAUGUGUGUUCUGCAAAGUUCUUCACUCUGCCCAGGAGCGUUCCUGUAUAUAUUUAAUUAUUUUCUUUUGUUGCUGCUCCAGAAGGAGGCUUUUGGCUGUCCAUCUGCUUGUCAGCUCUGCACAGGGAGACAAGUUAGCUGCCGUAAUGCAGGGCUUUCGAGCAUCCCUUGGAACCUUCCAAAAACAGCAAUUCUUGUUUACCUCAGUGGAAAUAAUAUAUCACAUGUCACUCCAAAUGAUCUAAGAGGCCUUCAGAAGCUUGCUGCACUCUACAUGGAUAACUCAAGUAUUUUGUAUGUACAUCCAAAAGCUUUUGUGGAAGUCCCCAGACUCAGCUACUUGCAUCUAAAUAGCAAUAAUAUUAAACGCCUGGAUCCAGGAAUCUUUGAAGGCCUUUCCAAUCUUCAUUGUUUAUACCUUCAGAAUAAUCAAAUAGCUUUUCUUCCCAGAGGAUUAUUUAGUGAUCUUCUUUCUGUUAGAUAUUUAACACUUCAAAGAAAUCGUCUCAGUGUCAUUGGAAGUGGGACAUUCUGGGGCAUGAUAAGUCUCCAGACACUAAACCUAGCGAAUAAUAAGAUUUCACGGAUAUCAGAUUCAGCAUUUCAUCAUCUUGAAAAUCUUGCAUAUUUGUUUCUUGAAGGUAACAACUUAACACUAGUGCCAUCAAAUGCUAUUGGAAGGCUCAAAAAUCUUGAAAGGCUUUCUUUGUCUCACAAUCCCAUUGGAUCAAUUCAGCCUUUUGCUUUUAAGGGACUUAACAAGCUUAGAUAUCUGUCUUUGAAAAAUGUCAAGCUAAAAUGUGUUGCUGUAAAUGGAUUUUUUGGAUUAAACAACCUUAGUCAGCUAAUCUUAAGUUAUAAUGAUUUAGAAAAUAUAAAUUCCAGCACUUUUACUUUAUUGAACAAUUUAAUGUAUCUACAGCUAGACAGAAAUAAAAUAGCCAGUAUUGGCGAUGGUACCUUUGAAAAAAUGGGGCAGUCACUUAAAGUACUCAGUUUAGCAUUUAAUAAUAUCUCAGAGUUACACCCUGGAGUGCUCAAGCCAUUAGUAUCUUUAACCCAUCUUCAGGUACAUUCUAAUCCUUGGAACUGCAGCUGCAAAAUGCUUGCAUUACUUAAUUGGCUGGCAUCAUCUUCUGUUUCUGCAAAAAUCCGCUGUCAGAAUCCCCAGAGUGUGCGUGGUAGGCCUGUGCGUUACAUGAAGUUUUCAAGCUGCGUUGGCCCCGCUGCCGGCGCGGGCUCUGCCCCGAGUCUGGGAUCCGUCGGGGAGCAUCGCAGCGCUGCCACUCUGCAGAUGGCCUGGCACAAAGGGGGCAGGCACAGCACACUGGAACAGUUUGUCACGGCAGAAGCUAAGGAUUUCGCUUUCUGGGAAGGAACUACAGCUACAUCUUCUGCCCCAUUGCCUUAUGAGGAGUAUGCUGUUGAAAUGCCAUCGCAGGCAGCUACAGUGUUACCAACGUUACCAGUGCAAAUACCAGCGGAAACUGUACCUACUAAUAGAAAUGUAGAAGAAGAACGGUUGUUUACAACAGAUCCUGCUCCUGUGUCAUUAAAAACAACCUUGAUUUGUACACAACGGGUUGAAAAGCUGAAUCAAGCUUUUGACAUUUUGCUAGCCUUCUUCAUUCUGGCUUGUGCUAUUAUCCUGUUCUUAGCCUGUAAAAUUGUUCAGUUUAGGCAGAAACUAAAGGUGCUGGAAAACUCAGGGGAAAAGAGUAUAGAAUAUUAUGGCUUUUAUCAGCCUAGCAGAUACAACAUAACUGACUCAGUGCAAUCUCUAACUCGGAAAUCAGUGGAACAUUCAGAACUGGACCAAAUAAGGCUGCUCAAGCGAACAGCAUCAGAAAGUCAGGCACAGGUCAUCUUGUUUGAACAUUCAUCGUUGUAAUUUGUCUCAUUUGAUUUGAUGUUAACUGUGAAAUGGAAGGGCAAGAAUCAAGAAUUCAAUUCUGUAGAAAUACCUCCACCAAUUAAAAUCAAUUGCUUAACACGACUGUGGAAAACAGCACAGUUUGGGUUCUGCAUCACCAUUUGCUUACUGAAUGUUUUGAAAUUAUUUCAUUAUAUGUCGUUUCAAUCUCACAUGGAUAGGUUUAUUAGCCUCAGUCCCUGUUUGUAGUAAUUGUUCACCUAUGCUCAAGUGUACAUGAAGUAUAAAGUACACUUUAAUUUAUUUUGCCCUACUUAAUGAUCUUAGUUCCUAUGGAAAUUCCAUGGCUAUUGUGAUGCAAGCAGUUCUUAGUAGGAUCAUGAAGCCAAGAAAUCUUGGGGAAUCAGAAAACAGUGUUUUGUGUGUUAAUUGUAAUAGAGUUUCUAUUCUUCCUCUAUUAAAUAAAGCAUAGUAGAAAAGAGCACAUUUACAACUAGCAUGUUCAAACUCUCAAGUAAGAAAAAUUUCAGACUA